GCUUUCUUGUCAUUCAGUUCACAACAACAUUCAUCAUCCAUGUCGGCUUUUGUUCCUGUCAAUCCUAAACCGUUUCUUAACGAACUGACCGGAAAACCCGUGAUUGUAAAGUUGAAAUGGGGUGGAGAAUAUAAAGGCUACCUCGUAUCGGUUGAUGCGUACAUGAACUUCCAGUUGGCCAACACAGAAGAAUUCCAAGAAGGUGUUUCCGUGGGCACCUUGGGUGAAGUGCUGAUAAGAUGCAACAAUGUUUUAUAUAUUCGAGGUGUGGAGGAGGAUACAGAAAUGGCACAAUAAGCAAAUAAAUAUGCCCGCGUGUGAAAAAGUGACAGAAACCUGCUUCCCAGUGAUUGUUUUCAUCCACGAUAACAUUGUUGUUCGAAAAACGGGCGUCGAUGUGUGAAUGUAUCUAUAAAAGGAGAUCCAUUGCUAGUGUUCGCUGUUUAUCGUUUUUGAUUCCUAUUUUGUGGGCCAGAACCUCUAUUUCCAAUGUCAAUAUCAUUACACUCAACCAGCCAAUGUCUCCAGAUC